GAGACAAUCUGGGAGGCGGGUACCGGGCCUCACGGAUCCACGCCGCGCCCCGCACCUGUGGCUGCGCGCGUGGUGGGCUGCGCUCCCCUGGGCGGCGCCGGGCGCCCGGGGCUGGUGGCAAGAUGGGCCGCUACUCAGGCAAGACGUGCCGGUUGCUCUUCAUGCUGGUGCUCACCGUCGCCUUCUUCGUGGCGGAGCUGGUCUCCGGCUACCUGGGCAACUCCAUCGCGCUGCUCUCCGACUCCUUCAACAUGCUCUCCGACCUGAUCUCGCUGUGCGUGGGCCUGAGCGCCGGCUACAUCGCCCGGCGCCCCACCGGGGGCUUCAGCGCCACCUACGGCUACGCCCGCGCCGAGGUGGUGGGCGCGCUGAGCAACGCAGUCUUCCUCACCGCGCUCUGCUUCACCAUCUUCGUGGAGGCCGUGCUGCGCCUGGCCCGGCCCGAGCGCAUCGAUGACCCCGAGCUGGUGCUCAUCGUCGGCGUCCUGGGGCUGUUGGUCAACGUGGUGGGGCUGCUCAUCUUCCAGGACUGCGCCGCCUGGUUCGCGUGCUGCCUCCGGGGACGCAGUCGCCGCCUGCAGCAGCCGCAGCAGCUGGCGGAGGGCUGCGCCCCCGGCGCUUUCGGGGGGCCUCAGGGCGCGGAGGACCCGCGGCCCGCGGCAGCCCCGACAGCCCCAGGCUCGGACUCGGCCGUAACCCUCCGGGGGACCUCGGUGGAAAGGAAGCGGGAGAAGGGGGCGACCGUGUUCUCAAACGUAGCAGGUGAUUCCUUCAACACCCAGAAUGAGCCAGAAGAGAUGAUGAAAAAAGAGAAAAAGUCUGAAGCUCUGAAUAUCAGAGGUGUACUUUUGCAUGUGAUGGGAGAUGCCCUGGGGUCUGUGGUUGUGGUAAUCACAGCCAUCAUAUUCUAUGUGCUUCCCCUGAAGAGUGAGGACCCGUGUAACUGGCAGUGUUACAUUGACCCCAGCCUGACUGUCCUCAUGGUCAUCAUCAUUUUGUCAUCUGCCUUCCCGCUCAUCAAGGAGACCGCUGCCAUUCUGCUACAGAUGGUCCCAAAAGGAGUCAACAUGGAAGAGCUGAUGAGUAAACUCUCUGCUGUGCCUGGAAUUAGCAGUGUACAUGAAGUGCACAUCUGGGAACUUGUAAGUGGAAAGAUUAUUGCCACUCUGCACAUCAAGUAUCCUAAGGACAGGGGAUAUCAAGAUGCCAGCACAAAAAUUCGAGAAAUCUUCCACAGUGCAGGAAUCCACAAUGUGACCAUCCAGUUUGAAAAUGUGGACUUGAAGGAACCCCUGGAGCAGAAGGACUUACUGUUGCUCUGCAACUCACCCUGCAUCUCCAAGGGCUGUGCUAAGCAGCUGUGUUGUCCCCCCGGGGCACUGCCUCUGGCCCACGUCAAUGGCUGUGCUGAGCACAAUGGUGGGCCCUCUCUAGACACAUAUGGAAGUGAUGGCCUCAGUAGAAGAGACGCAAGAGAAGUGGCUAUUGAAGUGUCUUUGGAUGGUUGUCUGAGUGACCACAGACAAACUCUUAACACAACUCAGGAGGACCAAUGUUAUGUCAACAGCACGCAUUUUUAAUCUGGUACCCACAUAAUCAGACCAUAUAGAUGAGGCACUUUGGAACCACAAGCUUGGCUCACAAAAAGAGCUUUCCGUGUUGUAGGCCCAGACCAGACUUGCAGCGUGCAUGCUCUGUGUUCACUAGGGGUUGGCUGUUUGGGAUUUUAGUUAAACGUGUCUGUGAAUUUUUAUGUAACUAACUCCUUUCCAUUCCCCUGGGUGUCUCAUGCUGCUCUUUGACUGUUUCAGCUUGAACAUGCAUUUUCUAAAGCAAACUGCACUAGUGUAUAUAUCGGGGACAUUGAAGUCUGGGACUGGGGCUCAAUAGCUGCGGAUACAGUGUUCAAAGAAGUUCUUGUUUCUAAACUGAUUAGAACUUCUAGCUAAUGCUCAGGUGAGAUCAUAGCUUAAAUACAUUGAAAAAACUAAAGUACCACAACAGCUGUAUGUUUCCCAAUCCCCUUAACGAUCAUAAAAGAGGCAAGUUAAGUAUUUCUGGCACUGAAGACAUAUUUUUUUCUUUGAUUCAUUUUUGAAUAAAUAUAAAAUGAAUAACUAUUAAGGUAGAAAAUAUUCUCAGAACAUUCUAGAGGAGGUAAAGGUUAGUAGGAGGGCGUUGGCCAUCUCUAUAUUUUGUGAGGUGAGAGAAAACUAAUGUUUACUUUCUGCUGUGAACUGAACUGCAACUAUAGAAUGUUUCAAAUGCUUAAAUAUAUAAUACUUUUUUUUCACAUGGAAGUGAGGGAAUAUUUCAGCUUCUUUAAGUAUGACACAGAUAUUCAUAUGCUGUCUUUUAGAGUCAGUAUAGUUGGAGCUGUUUUCAUUUAGUGCUUUGAUAAUGAUUUACUUAUUUUUCCAAAUUUCCUUUGACUUUUCUUUCAUACGAUUGCAUUGAUCUAUGCAGCAUUUACCAGAAAAGAGUAUUCCUGGGAUAGCAGAAUGCAUAACACUGAGUGUUAAUUCUUGUGAAAUAAAUAAGCUAGAUUGCCUUCUCUUUAAUUAGACAUAUUUUAAAGUAUUUAUUAUAGUUGUCAACUAGUAACUCAAUGAAAAAGUUGAUGUCCAAGGGAGAAAUGAGAAUUAGCUUAAUUGCUGCCUUUAAUGUGUUUUUGAGGAACUUAAAAUUUUCUUUCAUGUCUCUGAUCCAUAUUACCAAGUUCAAAUAAAAUUUUUAUAAUCGGAUUCAGACCCAUAACCAAACUAUGUUGGUAGUAGAGAAGCAUCUGUCAUGUAUUUAACACAUUGCUCGGACAUCGGUAUUUAAAUCAGAACAGUCUCACAGGUAUGAGAAAAUGGGAGGUGCCUCACUAGACAACUAGUAUCAUCUCUGGUAGACUGCAAGAUUGUCUGAAAAUAACCAGCUCUUAGUGUGUAAAGUCCUGUUUAGAAUCUGCACAGGAUUUAUCAGAGGUGCUAGGUCGAUAAUGAAGGCAGCAUCCACAAUUUUUUAGAACAAACAUCAUAUUUAAACGAUUUAUCUUAGUCCUAAAUUUGAAGGCUAAAAUAAAUAAGCAGCUAUGAUCAGUAAGAUAGGAAAUUAUUAUUUUUUUCUUUUUUGUAGAGACAGGGUCUUGCUAUGUUGCCCAGGCUGGCCUUGAACUCCUAGCCUCAAGUGACUCUCCUGCCUUGGCCUCCCAAAGCACUGGGAGAACAGGCAUGAGCCACUGCACCUGGCCAGGAAAUUCUUUAUUCCUUGAAAAUGUACUUAUCUGAGUUUAAAUUGGCUGUGAAGUAGGUAAAUAGAAAAAUGCCUAAAAAUGUUUUUAUUUCUAGGAGCUUAUUGGGCUAGGUUAUUUGCACUUUAUAAGCUCAAAGGGGUUAAUAAGUAAGAAUUUCUAUUUUUAGUAUUAAAAGUGUGGCAUGUACUCACACAAAACAGUGGAUCCUCUUAAGAAACUCAGCAUGGCCGGGCGCGGUGGCUCACGCCUGUAAUCCCAGCACUUUGGGAGGCCGAGGCGGGCGGAUCACAAGGUCAGGAGAUCGAGACCAC